AGGCGACUACCAGCAGCAGAAAUCGAUCCGAGAAGACAACAGAAAGGGAGAGACAAACAACAAAAGAGACUGACGAACAAAACGAAGAAGAAUCGCUCGGACAGCUACGAUUUUUAACAACAGAAACAAAUCUAAGGAGCGUGUCUUUUCAGCCCAUGUAUUUUUAGACCAAGCCUGUCGUCACCAUGACAGCGGAGGAGAUCAUCAAUGUGAAGGAGGUGGAGAUCAUCAAGGUGAUCCUAGACUUCCUCAACUCCAGGAAGCUCCACAUUAGCAUGCUGGCCCUGGAGAAGGAGAGUGGAGUCAUCAACGGACUCUACUCUGACGACAUGCUCUUCCUCAGGCAACUGGUGCUAGAUGGGCAGUGGGACGAGGUGCUUCAGUUUAUUCAGCCACUGGAGUGCAUGGACAAGUUUGACAGGAAAAGGUUCCGUUACAUCGUCCUGAAGCAGAAGUUUCUAGAGGCCCUGUGUGUGAACAACGCUAUGUCUGCUGAGGACGAGCCACAGCAUUUGGAGUUCACCAUGCAGGAGUCGGUGAAGUGUCUUCAUGCCCUGGAGGAGUUCUGUCCAUCUAAAGAUGACUACAGCAAACUAUGUCUGCUCCUCACUCUGCCUCGUCUCACCAACCACGCUGAGUUCAAGGACUGGAACCCCAGCACGGCACGGGUGCACUGUUUUGAGGAGGCAUGCACCAUGGUGGCAGAGUUCAUCCCUGCAGACAGGAAGCUGAGUGAGGCGGGGUUCACUGCCUCAGGGAACCGCCUCUUCCAGCUCCUCAUUAAAGGAGUUCUGUAUGAGUGCUGCGUAGAGUUCUGUCAGAGCAAGGCGACAGGCGAGGAGAUCACGGAGGGCGAGGUGCUCCUAGGGGUGGACAUGCUGUGUGGGAACGGCUGUGACGACCUGGACCUGUCCUUACUGUCCUGGAUGCAGAACCUGUCCCACAGUGUCUUUUCCUGUGCCUUCGAGCAGAAGUUGCUUCAGAUCCAUGUGGACCGCCUGGCCAAGCCUGCCAAGGCCAGCUAUGCAGACCUCCUCACCCCUCUCAUCAGCAAACUAUCCCCCUACCCCUCCUCGCCCCUCCGCCGCCCCCAGUCCGCAGACACCUACAUGUCCCGGUCUCUGAACCCGGCCCUGGAUGGCCUGUCAUAUGGGCUGUCUGGCCAGGAGAAGAGGGGCCCAGGGGGGGACACGGCAGGGAGGAAGGGGAUGUCCCCCAUGUCUCAUUCCUUCGCUAACUUCCACACGGGGGGUCAGAGUCUGAGCAGGAGUCUGAUGCUGGACAGCUAUGACUGCCACAGCAUCUUUGAGGAGUCUCCUGAGAGCUCCAGGACGGACACGCCCGUGGAUAAGAUGAUGAGUUCAGGAACCCUGCGCCCCGACUCCGCCCCUGGAGAGGACGCCCCGUCACCAGGCUCUGCAGAGAGGAACGAGUUGCGUGACUCGACAGAGAAGUUUGAAGAGUUCUACCGCCAGCGUUUGAGGGUCCAGCAGCACCUGGAACAGAAGCAGCAGCAGAGACAACUCUACCAGCAGAUGCUGCUGGAGGGAGGGGUACAACACAGUGACCAGCCAGCCCCCGGGACAGACGCCAUGCAGCACAGCCUCACGGAGAAGUUCCUCAACAGGUCUAUUCAGAAGCUGGAGGAGUUGAAUUUAGGGAUGGAGAGUCUAGGGGAGGAGGUCCAGUCUCUGUCCCAGCAGUGUAACGGCACGGGCCCGACCAACGAGAACAACAACAAUGGUGACCCUGCAGGCCUGACCCCUGACCCCACUGUGACGCUGACCCCCGAGCAGGGCCGCCCUCAGGGAGGAGGGGUGGUCAGCAGCACCCCACAACGCACCGCAGGGGGACGGGAGGUGCCCCCACCUAAUGAAUCCCCCGUGGUCUCCCAGAGUCCCCAGAAAGUAGCUGGACAGACCUCUGGAUUAGAUGACUCGCCAGGAGCCCUCACCCGGAGUAAAGAGGUAGACAAAGCAGCCCCCCUGUUUGUAGCUGUGAAUACCCUGGAAGACACUCAGGCAGUGCGCGCUGUAGCCUUCCACCCCACGGGAGCGCUAUACGCCGUGGGCUCCAACUCUAAGACGCUACGCGUGUGUGCCUACCCAAACACACCACUGGACACCAGUGGGGUUUCUGGUAUGACCAAGCAGCCGGAGGUUCGCUUUAAGAGGAAUAAGCACCAUAAGGGUUCUAUCUACUGUGUGGCCUGGAGUCACUGUGGACAGCUGCUAGCCACUGGCUCCAACGACAAAUAUGUCAAAGUCCUGCCCUUCAGCUCAGAGACCUGCAACGCCACAGGUCCAGACCUGGAGUUCAGUAUGCACGACGGUACCAUCCGAGACCUGGCGUUCAUGGAGGGACCAGAAAGUGGAGGGGCCAUUCUGAUCAGCGCCGGAGCUGGAGACUGUAACAUCUACACCACUGACUGUCAGAGAGGACAGGGCUUACACGCUCUCAGUGGACACACAGGUCAUAUCCUGUCUCUGUAUACGUGGGGAGGGUGGAUGAUAGCGUCAGGCUCUCAGGACAAGACUGUGAGGUUCUGGGACCUGAGAGUACCAAGCUGCGUUAGAGUGGUGGGCACUGCCUUUCAUGGAUCAGGCAGUCCUGUUGCCUCGGUAGCGGUGGACCCUAGCGGUCGUCUCCUAGCGACGGGCCAGGAGGACAGCGGCUGUAUGCUUUAUGACAUCAGAGGGGGACGCAUGGUGCAGACAUACCGGCCCCACUCCAGUGAUGUGCGCUCCGUUAGGUUCUCCCCCGGGGCACAUUACCUGCUCACUGGUUCCUACGACACCAAGGUCAUGAUCAGCAACCUGCAAGGUGACUUGACGAAGCCGUUGCCCCUGACUCUGGUAGGGGAGCACGGUGACAAGGUGAUUCAGUGCAGGUGGCACACACACGACCUGUCCUUCCUCUCCUCCUCUGCUGACCGUACCGUCACACUCUGGACACACAACCCCUAACACACACGACCGGUCCUUCCUCUCCUGACCGUACCGUCACACAACCCCUAACACACACACGACCUGUCCUUCCUCUCCUCCUCUGCUGACCGUACCGUCACACUCUGGACACACAACCCCUAACACACACGUCCGGUCCUUCGACCGUACCGUCACACUCUGGACACACAACCCCUAACACACACGACCGGUCCUUCCUCUCCUGACCGUACCGUCACACUCUGGACACACAACCCCUAACACACACAC